AUGGAGCUCAGGCGCAGGGCCCUGGCCUCCGCGCUGCGUGCCCGAGGCCUCCGGCCACCUCUCCGCUCCCUCGUCCGUGCAGCGGCCUUGCUGCUGCUGCUGUUCGCGGGGGGACCCUCGGGGGCCGACCCUGCCCCAGACCCUGACUCCUCGAGGCUUCAUCUUGUCGGGCGGAGAGAUGCCGCCGGGGUGACCCCAGCAGCCCCCGGGGUGACCCCAGCAGCCCCCGGAGUGACCCCAGCAGCCCCCGGGGUGACCCCAGCAGCCCCCGGCGUGACCCCAGCAGCCCCCGGGGUGACCUCAGCAGCCCCCGGGGUGACCUCAGCAGCCCCCGGCGUGACCCCAGCAGCCCCCGGGGUGACCUCAGCAGCCCCCGGGGUGACCUCAGCAGCCCCCAAGAGCACUGAGCUGAAGUUAUACUCCUCCUGCGGCUCCUCUAUUAGGAACUCCUCAUCGGACCCGACGGCCAUGACUCUGCGGUGGCCCUGGGUGGUCAGCGUGCAGGCCAAUGAUACACACGUCUGUGCAGGAUCGAUCAUCACGUUACAGUGGGUGGUGGUUGCGGCCCACUGCGUGGCCCAGCAAAACUUUAUCUAUUCUGUGCUGGUGGGGAGCACGGUCAUGGGCAGUUGGCACCCAAACGUUUAUAGCAUGUCAGUGGCCCAGGUACUCCUAAACCCGAGGUUCCGGCUCCGGCGGUACUGGUCAUGGAUCGGCCGGGACAACGACAUUGCCCUCCUCAAGCUUCACGCGGCAAUCAAGUACAAGAAUGAUUUGCCGGAGAAUCUCUGGUCCUCCAAGAGUUCAGGCCUGGAACACAGUCUCAUGGGUGGGAACAGUGGUGUGCAGUGCCUGGGCGCCGUGGAGGGCCACCCGGGCAAAUUGCCUCAGUUCCAGUCCAUUCAGGAGAAGCAAGUCAUGAUCCUGGACAAUGAGGAUUGCGAUCAAUUCUACCACAUCAUCUCCAGAAUCCCCUCCAUGGUCCAGGUCAUCAACUCCUAUAUGUUUUGUGCCAAGGACACCAGCAGGAACAGCUUCUGCUAUGAAGAGUCAGGAGAGCCCAUGUCCUGCUUGGUGGAUAAGACGUGGUACCUGGUGGGCUUAGUGAGCUGGGGCCCCGGCUGCGAAAAGAAUGAAGCCCCACCUAUCUACCUUCAUAUCCCCUCCUACCGACAGUGGAUCAUGGACUGCAUCAACGGUCCUGAUGCCCUGCCUCCGGGCAUUGGCCAGGUGGCUGCAGCUGCCCCUCGGCCUUACACACCUGCUUUCCCUCCGUCUCAUCCUAACUCAGGCCGCAAGGACAAUUAA